CUUGCAAUCACCUCCUUUAAUUUCAUCGCCUUUGGAAUUCGGAACCGUACAACAUAAAACCAAACCAUGCACUUACACACAAACGCACUUCUAUCGUUUCCUCAUUCCCUCCCUACCUUUACCUGAGUCCUUUCCACAACAGAAAAUGUCUUCUUCCUCCCUUGAACUCAUCCUCACCAGCUCCCCUGACGGCCCCAUCAUAACUUAUGAGGCCGUCACUGGUACCACCGUGGCCAAAUUCUCUGGUAGUCGAAUACCGUGUAGAGGUUUGGCCACGGUGAACCGGGGACUGAUCGCGGCCUCACAUGUGUCAUUGGACACGGGUGCAGGCUGGAUCAAUGUUUACAAUUGGUAUGGUUCUACUGCAUUCCACAACUUUCCUGUGCCUGAACCUGUUGCUCCACUCAUUGCUUACCCUGAUGGAGAAUUUCUCUUUGCUGGUGGCAUAUCAGGGAGUGUUUUUUGUCUCUCGGUUUCUUCUGGGGAAGUGAUCAGAUCAUAUGCAGCACACUCAAAAGCAGUUUCCAGUCUUCAUUUGAGUGAUGAUCGGUCACUUGUUAUUUCAGGUAGUGAAGAUGGCACAAUUGUUGUUGUCCCAACCUUUAAGGUUGUUGUUGAGGCCUUCACUGAGGAAGACUUGAUCUUCCACAAGUGGAAGGCCCAUUCUGAUUCAGUCACUGCUUUCAACUCUGGGAUGGGUACUUUGGUUUCUUGCUCAAUGGAUUGCACAUGUAAGUUUUGGAGUCAGGGAAGUAAUGGGGACCUCAUAAGGACUGUGGCAUUUCCAUGUGCUAUUUUUGGGGUUGCAUUGGAUUCAUUAGGGUUAGGGUUUCAUGCUGCUGGGGCAGAUGGGUUGGUUUAUGAGGGGGUAGUGAAGGAUGAGAGCAUGGAAUCACUAGGUGGAGGCUAUGAGGUGAAUGCUUGGUCUAAGAGACAUGGUGGAUCAAUUGUGUCAUUGGCUUUGUUAAAUGAAGGGAAGAAUUUGGUGUCUGCUUCAGAAGAUGGGAAUGUGUGGGUGUGGGAUGUUGAGAAAGGUGAAGUGACAAUGGUUUUGGGGAAUGAAAUGGUGAGCAUUAGUGACAUGAUUGUGGCCAAGGGUAGUGGUGACUUUGGAGUUAGAAAGGGAAAUAAUAUUGAAGUUGGGGAUGGAAGUAGUGGGUUCUUCACUUCUUCUGGGUUGUGUCAUGAAGAGAUGAUUAAGACUAUGAAGCAAAUCACUGAGAUUGAGGAGGAUUGGGAUGUGUUGGUACAAAACAAGAAAAGGGCAAUUGAAAUGUUGGAAUCUGCAAUUGAAACUUAUGAGAGGCUUUUGAAGCUUAUUCUUAAGGAAGCUACCAAAGCCAUUGAAGUGGGGGAAGAGGAAGAAGAGGAAGAGGAACAAGUGAAAGAUGAUGGGAAGAAGGAAGAUAAUUAAUAUUUGUUGCCGUGAAUAAUGUAUUGGAACAUGAACUUUGAUAUAUUAAUGUGGAUGUAAGACUUUGAAAACAUGAUGCAUAGUGAGAUCUGUUUGUUUUUUUUAGUAGUUUGUUUGGUAUUUUUGUGUACU